UUUUCUUUUUUGAUCCUUCUCUUUCCCCCCCCCCCUUACUACUUUCUCUCUCCCAAGUCGCAAUCCAAUCCAAACGCCAGAUGAACAUCUCUUAACUCCCACACGCAUUCUUCAUCCUCCGCCUCCACUGCAGUUUUUGCUUCAACUAGAAAUGGGGUGUUUUCUUGCGUGUUUUGGGUCUUCGAAACAUCGUGAACGCCGGAAUCGGAAGAAGUUUUGGCAGAUACAUGGAAGCUGUAAACCUCUUAAAUCUACUGUCUCCGGGAAGCAAGGCACCUCUGAAAAAUCCGCGGACCUGAUUUCAGAUGUUCCUGGAGAUAAGCUUGAAGAGCAAUUGAGCUUUAGUACCAGAAAGAAAGUCACUUUUGAUACAAAUGUGAGGGCGUAUGAGCCUGUUUCAGUCAGAGAAAGUGCUGACCUUUUACCGGAAAGCGAUAAGGAUAUCAACAAGGAAAAGGAGGAAUGUUCAGGAGAAUCAGACUUUUCUCCUUCUCUAUCUGGAGGUGAUUCUACCAGUUCAAGCAUUGGAUCUUCUGCCCUGAGUCAUCGGUAUAAGAACUGGGCAGGCAAUGAUGAUGAAGCAGAGGAAUUUGAUUACGAGGAUAAUGAUUUGGGUGACGGAGAUGGUGAUGAUGCAGAAGAAGAAGAGAGCCCCGAUUAUGGUGAGGAUGAUGAUGAUGAUGAUGGCAGAAUUGUAGGUAAAGAAGAAGUCUGGUCUGAGUCGAUUCCAGCCAUGCCAGUGGAGUCGAGCACUGAAAUUUCUCCAGCAAGAGAGUUUACCGAGGAGGUGAAAGGCCAUCUGACAAUGAGUAGUUUAGCUGAGCGAGAAGUGGGAACGAUUGGGUCAAAGAGUAAUGCUCGAGAUAGGAGUGUUUAUGUUCAUCCUGUGCUUAACCCGGUUGAGAACCUCACUCAGUGGAAGGCUGUGAAAUCAAAAGGGGAACCGCCUUUGAAGCAUCAGAAGGGGAAUUUCACAGUGGAACAAGAAGCACCCCGUUUAUCAUUUAGCUCUGAGCAAACUUUGAAGCAAGCACCAUUCAGUUUCAAGUCCAAAUUGGAUCCAUUUAAGAACCAAAACCCAGAAAUGGCUGUUGAUGCCAGUCUUUCAAAUUGGUUGGCCUCUUCUGAAACCACUCCCACCAAGCAGGCUAUCCCCCUUGGACUUGAAACCAUUACAUCUGAGAGAAGCACGUCCCAGGGAUCAAAUUCAGUCAUGACCUUAGAAGAUAGACCAAUUUUAGGUGCAUUGACAAUGGAGGAGCUCAAACAGUUUUCAGCAUCAUCCUCGCCAAGAAGGUCGCCUAGUAGGAGCCCUGAUGAGAUGCCGAUAAUAGGUAUUGUUGGGACAUACUGGAGUCACAGAGAGCCCAAGGAUUCUCAUUCACUCACUUCAUAUAGAGGCAUCCCAAACACAACCAGCAAAUAUCGAGAGGAUAAGAGAGUUAAUUGGCACUCUACCCCAUUUGAGACGAGGCUGGAGAGAGCUUUAAACAGAAAUGCUGCUGAAGCAUAAUCUACAUAUAUUCCCUGUGUUUUUUGUGCAUGGACUUGAAGUGGUAUUGCAGGUUAUUACUCCUUUUUUGGUUGUUUUUAUUUUUUAUUUUUUUUGGUGGGAGGUUGAUCUAUUUCCAACAGAAUUCAUUUGUUCCUAUUUGUUAUUCUGUUUUUGAAUUGAUAUGUGGUUCUGUACAAAAUUUUGUUUGUUGUAAUGUCUUGUUUGAUUCAGUGAUCAAUAAAUUGAAUCUUCCUAUGAGCUAUGACCCUUUCUA